CGUAUAUGUGACAAAAGCAGUGGCGCCCCCCAAGGGUCACAAGGUGAACAUGGCUAGACUUGGCCACCACAAAGCAUCAGCCCCCUUCUCUGUCCCCUGACCUCCGGCUCACCGUGUUUAGAUAAAAACAAAUAGCGAAUGUUUUAUUUAUUUUGUCUCAAUUUAUUACAUUUUAUCUUUUGGAAAUAGUUGGAAGGUGGACUUGAUGUGCAGCACUUAACAGAACUGGGGUAAGAUUUUUUUUUUUUUAAUUGUUUGGUUUUUUGUUGUUGUUGUUUUUUUUAAUGCGUGUAGUACUAUUAUUUUAUUUUUACCUUUUAUCAGCCCUCAUUUGACCGAAGUCAGAAAUUACAACAGCUGAAUCAACGCAAAAUGCGUGUGUGUUUUGUCUCCCUCACAGAGAGAGAGAGAGAGAGAGAGCUCUAUCCGCAAUGGCUUGAUGAUGAGGAGGAGGAGGAGGAGGAGGAGGGCGCAGCAGCGCAGGACGCAGGACAUCACCACACCGGCCGGGUCAAGCAUCUGCUGCAAGGAUGGAGUUUCGAACAGACAGGUUCAAGGAGGUGGCGGGGAAAACUCUGGGGAAGAUUCACAGGCUGAUCGAGAAGCGGCAGCCCGAUGGAGAAACCAUUGAACUGUCCGCAGAGGGACGUCCAGAGCUGGUGGAGGAGAAAGAGCUGCCGGUGGUGGACUGCACCUGCUUCGGGCUGCCCAGGCGGUACAUCAUCGCUAUCCUGUCUGGCCUGGGAUUCUGUAUCUCAUUCGGCAUCCGAUGCAACCUCGGUGUGGCCAUUGUUAGCAUGGUCAAUGACCACACUGUCUACAAAGGCAACAAGGAAGUUCUUGUGGCUGCACAGUUCACCUGGGACCCUGAAACAGUGGGCAUGAUCCACGGCUCCUUCUUCUGGGGCUACAUCGUCACACAGAUCCCCGGUGGAUUUAUAUGUCAAAAAUUUGCAGCCAACAGGGUUUUUGGCUUUGCCAUUGUGGCCACUUCCACCCUCAACAUGUUGAUCCCAUCUGCAGCUCGCUGCCACUACAGCUGUGUCAUACUGGUCAGGAUAUGCCAGGGUCUGGUUGAGGGUGUAUCAUAUCCAGCCUGUCACGGGAUCUGGGCCAAGUGGGCUCCUCCACUGGAGAGGAGUCGGUUAGCCACAACAGCCUUUUGUGGAUCCUACGCAGGAGCAGUGGUGGCCAUGCCUUUAGCUGGAGUGUUGGUGCAAUACACUGGGUGGCCUUCAGUAUUUUACGUCUAUGGCAGCAUUGGGAUCUUCUGGUAUUUGUUUUGGAUUCUGGUUUCGUAUGAAAGUCCUGCAGCUCACCCCACAAUCUCACCAGAGGAGAGAAAGUACAUUGAAGAAGCGAUCGGUGAAUCUGCAUCGUUUGCCAAUCCUCUCCAGAAAUUCAAAACUCCAUGGCGACACUUCUUCACCUCCAUGCCAGUCUACGCCAUCAUCGUGGCCAACUUCUGCAGGAGCUGGACCUUUUACCUGCUGCUCAUUAGCCAGCCAGCUUAUUUUGAAGAGGUCUUUGGCUUCGAGAUCAGCAAGGUGGGUUUGGUGUCAGCUUUGCCCCAUCUGGUCAUGACAAUCAUUGUUCCUGUCGGAGGCCAGCUAGCAGACUAUCUUAGAACUCACAACCUGAUGUCCACCACCAACGUCAGGAAGAUGAUGAACUGCGGAGGUUUUGGAAUGGAGGCUACUCUACUGCUGGUAGUAGGGUUCUCCCACACGAAAGGUGUCGCCAUUUCCUUCUUAGUCCUCGCUGUGGGAUUCAGUGGAUUUGCUAUCUCAGGAUUUAAUGUCAACCACUUGGACAUUGCACCUCGAUAUGCCAGUAUACUGAUGGGCAUCUCAAAUGGUGUGGGAACACUAUCUGGAAUGGUGUGUCCCCUCAUAGUGGGGGCAAUGACCAAGCACAAGACACGUGAAGAGUGGCAGUAUGUCUUCCUUAUAGCAGCACUUGUCCAUUAUGGUGGAGUGGUUUUCUAUGGAAUCUUUGCAUCGGGAGAGAAACAGCCAUGGGCCGACAUAGAAGACACAAGUGAGGAGAAGUGUGGCAUCAUUGAUGAGGACGAACUGGCCAAUGAGACGGAGGAGAUGUACCGCAAAGGUGGGCAGUAUGGGGCCAUUAGCCAACCAGUGGUGGCUUCCAAUGGAGGCGGGGGAGGAGGAGGUGCAGGUUGGGUGACGGACUGGGAUAAAUCUGAGGAGUACGUCCAGCCACCUGGAUACAACUCAUACAUGUAUACUGGAGAAACAGAGACUGCGCUGACAUAGAGGAAGACUGACGGCUAAUCCCAAAUAAGCCAUACAAAGAAAGAGAAGAAAGAUUGUUUUGGAGGAGGAGUUCUCAGACGGUCAAUGCAAUAAUGGAAGGACCUCCUGCCUGCUGUUGUACAAUAUUUACAGCUGCACAUAUCAGAUAUAUGCAACUCAUUCUUUCCAGUGUAUGUCUGUGUUUGUGUGUGUGUGGGUGUGUGUGUGGGUGGACAUAGAGAGAGCACUCUGCAUGUGAUUUCUGGUUCUCUAAAACAUAAUAAGACAUUCUUGACAUCAUUCAAAAGCUAUAAUUUUUAAGAGUACUCUUUUUUCUCCUGCGUAUUGUAUUUAAUCUGUUGUCAUUGGUUGGUUUCAUGGAGGAAGUGGUGGUGUGUGUGUGCACGUGUUUGAGCUUCUUACCUGUGCAGCAGGUGUCUCCAGCUUCUAGAACAGUGUCAAAUAUUUGAAUUUCAAUCUAAAAACACAAUGACCACAAUGUUUUAAUGUGAAGGUAACUGUGAGGUCAUGCAGUACAUAUAUUAUGUCUUCAUUUAAAAUUGUGCAUUUCAUAAAGUAGGUUGUUUCCUACUGGAGUGAUGCAUCUCAGCUGAGGAUUGUUUGGCUUUUAUAAACAACAUCAGUUUCAUUCUUUUCAUUUUUAGAGAAGUUCAAAUGUGCUGUGGUGUUGUGUGUCUGUGUUUGUAGAGCUGACGAUGCUUUUAGUUACAGUGGGCUGCCCUUCAUGAGUUCUGUUCUUUCGUAGCUAAGGCUCACCUGGGUCUGACCUAACUAGGUCACUGUAGUCCCACAUAUGGGUCACAAAGCUCAAUCCUAACAAAUCAUUAGACACUUCCGUGUGCAUGAGACUGGAGAGACUAAUAGAAAUCAAAAUCAUCAUGGUGACAUGUUUUAACGCUGUUCAGCCACUCUUCAGCAAUAGAUAGAUAGAUAGAUAGAUAGAUAGAUAGAUUAAAAAAUUUAAGCCUAAUAACAUAUAACAAUUUAUAGAAGUAUAUACAGUAUGUAGCUAAAAAAAGUCUAUAUAAAAAUAAAGUUUAUUAUUAAUUUAUGAAUUUACAGGAAGACAUUGUGAAUUUUAACAUUCACAAUGUUAAAAUGAUUGUUAUUAUAAUUAAAUGUAUAAUAUUUAUAUAUAUAUAUAUCACUGUGAGAGAAAAAAAGCAUCAUUGUAAUUUCUAUUCAUCAACUCUAAGAACUCCAAGGACCCCGACCAUUAUAGAUUUAUUUCAUAUCAGCUUUACAAAUUUGAAUUUAAAUGUUUUUCUUUUCUUCUCCACCUUGGCAUCUAGAUGACACCUAUUAUAGGUAGAUUUUUAGACUGUUGCUGAGGAAGUCCAUGUAAUCAAGGUGACACAAGGAAAGUUCAAAGUUGGGAUUAAAUAUCCAAUGAUUAGUGUAUGAGGAUGACACAUCUGUUAGUCUGUUAUUGAUCAAGAAUGGUGGGUCAUUUGAAUAUAUUGUGUUGCAUGGCCAAGGGUCAGAGAGUUAGACUGGGAUAGUUGUCAUGUUUAACUCGAGUGGCAAACAAAAGUGAUGGUGUGGUUUUUGCAGCCAAUCAUGGCGGCCUCACCCUCUCUGGUCUUCUCCAUCUUUUAACUCUUUUGAUGCUGCUUACAUGUCACAUCAGUCUCGUGUGUGUGUGUGUGGGGGCUUGUGUGUGUGUGUGUUAGGUGCAGGUGCUGAACAGUUGCGUGGUGAGUAUGUGUCAGUGAGCACAGCAGUGCGAUAUCCUGUCAAAGGCUCUGUUUCUACUAUGGACACACAGGCACACACAUACUGUACGUACUGUAGCUUCCUUCUUUGAAAUAAGCACAGUCAGGUGCAUCACAUGCCGCAGUGUUGGCAGAGAUUUUGAUAUUUGGACAUAAAGCACAUCCAGUAUGUUCAUGGAAAAACAGUAGGUUUUAACAUGGUCACGACACUGGUCGACCCAUUUGCUGUCUAUUUUAUCCAUUUCAAUAGGAUUUAGUAUUUAAAAAUUGAUCAUAAUAUCAUGUUCUGUAUCACUACCAAAAAAA